CGAACCGCGGUAUCCGAUCAUUGAAGAGUGAUCUAUGGUGUUGGGCGGUGAGAGUAGUGUUGGCAGGUAGCUACCUAAAUGAAGCGGUUAGCUCCCACCCGACAGUGAAGCGUCUUCAAAACUGAACGCAUUCCACCAAACCUGGCCCGAAGCCCCCAGCCCGAGGCUGUCCCGUUCCACAUGGCGGGGAUAGUUGUUCCUUGUAUCCGAAUUCCCAAGACAACUUUGUCUCUGUGCUUUCAAAUUUAAUUCGUCAUUACCAGUUCUAUUACUUUGUUAAUUUUAAAAUUCCUCAUGAACCACAAACAGAUUAUCAUCAUAUAUAUUGACAACUUUAUUCUAAAGAUAUGUUAAUAAAUUUGUAGUAGAAUAAAUUUACUAGAUUUAUUCUUAAAGGAGCAUAAAUCCUCCUUGAGUUCGACCACUAGUGAAAACAUCCCAAGCUAAUUAAGAGCCAGUGUAAGUAUCACGGAACAGGCCACCGUACAUGGAAUUCCUCAUUUUUUUGUAUGCAAUUUCUUUCUUAUGUGACUAGUUUAUUGUAACAGAGGAGACUUUCACCUGAAGAACAAUGUGUGGAACAAUUACAAGAUUUGCAGUUUGGUUCUGCGCCCUUCUGGUCUGUAAUUUGGAUGAAACUCAUGCACAGGCUUCCAGUAAUUCAUCAAUCUUUCCAACAUCACACUACGUUUAUGAAUAUAUAAAUACACCAUUGAAAUGGGAACAUGCAUCCAGAUAUUGUGAGCUACGUUUUGGUAGUCUGCCUGUCCUUAGUAAAGUUGAAGACAAGAAUGCUAUAUUGGACCUGUUAGCUACCCAAGGGGCUAAUCAGCAACUAUGGAUAAAUGGAAAACUGAGUGAGGUAUCAGGAGGGGAAGAUCUAACUGUGAGAAAGAACAGUGUUGACAAAUUCGAGAUCCUGGUAUUCCUGAACAAAACAGAUACUAAACAUGCCAAAAUUCUCAAUGUGCUGCCUCCUUUGUCAGCUGUUACAAUCUGUGCACGUGUUCAAUGGGACAACCAGUCUUCUGACAUUGCCACAGUAUUUUCUUAUGCCAUUCCAGUGUUCAUCAAUGAAUUCCAGCUCCGAGGUCGUAUUGACGAUGCUGGAUUCAUCCAGUUAGCUCUGAUAGUUCAUGGACAUCACACACCCUACAAAUCGGUGCUAAAAAGUGACGGACUGUGGCAUCAUAUUUGUGUAACAUGGCAAAAGGAAAAUGGUGCUUGGUUUAUUUAUGCAGACGGGAUAAAAGUAAGUUCAGGAGAUAACUGCUACAGUUCACAAAUUAUUGGUGGAAAUGGGACAUUUAUUAUUGGUCAAGAUCAAGACUCGCUAGGAGGUACAUUCAAACAAAAUGAGGCCUUUAGUGGCAACAUCACAUUUUUGAACAUUUGGACUCAUGCGUUGGAUGCAAACCAGAUUUCAGCAGUCAGUAUGUGCUCAUUCCCUCAGCAAAAUCUCUUUUACCAGUGGAACUUGACCAGUUUAGAAAUUGAACCCAAUGUUCAAGUUGUGGAACUGCAGUUGAAUUGCACAGGUCUGAAAAUUUCUUCAGGCAAAUGUCAGACGUUUGAUGCUGCCUCUGGAUUUAAAAGCCAAUUUGGUUGUGAGAAUCUACUGCCCUUCUUCUGUCAGUUAACAAAAGAUACAUAUUUGAAGUUAAACGAAUUUCAGUCAGAUUCAAGGAGCUUAUUCAAGACUAAAUCGGAAGCAUUUUCUCACGAUACAAUGGUUAUUGAGUACAUGUCAUUGAGUAAUGCAAAACUUGUACCCAAUAUCUCUGAAGCUGAAACUAUACUGAAGACAGUACAACAGGUUCUGAGCAUAGAAAAUGUCACUUUGCAACCCGCUGACAUGCUACGUGUCAUACGCUUGCUACAAAACAUAGCCAACGUGGAGCCACAUAUAAAUGACACCCAGGAGGCUUUGGAGAAUGUAAGCCGAAGCUUCAUCCACAUAGCCGGUGAGGUUCUUGAUCAGCACAAUGCAGAGAGGUGGACUGAAAUUAAUGAGAUUGUUCAGAGUCCAAUGGCUGUAGUCUAUGGUGUGGACAGAUUGAUGCAAAAUCUGAACAAACUGCUCUCAACUGACCAAGAAAAUAUAAUCAUUAGAAGCAAAAACAUCAAACUUGAAAUCAGGCAAAAGAUACUCACCAAUUUUACAAAUGACAUUGAUGUCUAUAUGAGUGAUAUGAACAACAAGUCAACUGAUCAAAUAGGACUUCCUAAAGAAGCAAUUGAUCGACUCCAACAAAAAGGUUUAACAAGAGCUACGUUUGUGAACACCUGGUAUGGCACCCUUCACUGUUUGCUUGGAAAUGGCACGUUGGACACCAACAGUGUGAUAGAAGCGGUUUCUGAUGAAGGAUUUAAAGGUGCAGGGAUGCAAAUUGCAUCAGCAGUUAUUUCAUCAACUGUGUUUCAAGGGGGUCAGCCCGUCAGCAUGGCUACAAAGUACAGGUUACGACACCGAAUAAAGGCAUUUUCUUCUCUUGCUGUUGAUUCAGUCUGUGUCUUCUGGAAUUUUAGUUUGAGGCCAGAGAAAGGUGGAAGCUGGUCUACAGCUGGCUGCAGAGUCAUCGAAUCCGGGCUUGAAUCAACAGCGUGUUUUUGCAAUCACACGACAAAUUUUGCUUUGCUUUUCCAACUUUACGAAGUGAAGAGGAGCUCUUAUGAAGAAGCUGUCCUUAUGAAUUUAACACUGAUUGGCUGUACUAUAUCUCUCUGUGCAUUGGUGGUCACGCUGGUUUUGUUCUCAGUGGUGGGCGUUCCAAAAUCAGAUCGAACCACAGUGCACAAAAAUCUCAUUUGUGCCCUAGUUGCUGCAGAGGGACUACUUGUUGCAAGUGACUCAGCAAGGACAAACCAGGUGGCAUGUUCUAUUGUAACAGCUAUGCUACAUUUGCUCUUCAUGGCUGCCUUUGCCUGGAUGCUGGUGGAAGGAAUACUUCUCUGGAGUAAGGUCGUCACUGUCAAUAUUAAUGAAGAGAAAAGAAUGAAAUACUACUAUCUGAUUGGUUGGGGAUUCCCAGUUUUUAUUGUGGCCAUCACCCUAGCAACUACUGGUGACAAAUACAUAGCAGACAAUCAUUGUUGGCUGAACAUUCAGAGUGAGAUCAUCUGGGCCUUUGUUGGGCCUGUCCUUUUUACUCUAACAAUCAAUACAUUUGUACUUUUACGUGUGGUAAUGAUCACAAUUACAAGCUCACAACGGCGCUCCAUGAUGUUGGCAUCAGACAGCAGCCUGGCACAACGUGCUUUGUGCCAGAUAUGGACAGCUAUCAAGCCUGUAGUGAUCCUUCUGCCGGUUUUGGGUCUGACCUGGUUUUGUGGGGUUUUGGUCCAUUUCAAUAUUGUUCUUGCAUAUAUCUUUGUUGCGCUUAAUUCUUUCCAGGGGCUGUAUAUUUUCUUGGUGUAUGGUGUUUACAACAGCGAGGUGAGAAAUGCCAUUAAAAGAAUGAAAGAAAAGAGAAAAGCUUUGUCUUUCACAAAUUGCACAAGCUCAAGACCAUCAAGUUGUCUUACUAGUCCAAAGAUGACCACCUCACUGAAUGUUGGAAAAUGCUCUGUUUCUGCACCUGAUAAGGAUACUUUGAAAUCAGCAACCAAUAAAUCAGCUUCCAGCAAAGGGGCAUCCAUGAUUUUCAACAGGGAAAAUGGAGCAGAAGAUGUGAUGUGGAUCUCAGAAAGCUUAGUUCUUGAUAAAACAGAGAUUCAGCUGACAGCAUUCAGAGUAUCAGGAUUGUGAAGCAUCAGUGCAGCAGUUCACCAAGUGACCUUUGCAAGUGAAAGAAAAUCAAUGACUGUUUCCAAAAGUUGAACUUAUGGAACUAAGAUCUUCAAUGUUCCUGCAGCAGGGACUCAGAAUCUCAAUCAAACAAGACAGCUCGCAUUUUGGAUGGAGAUCACCAAGAUACUGAUCACCAAUCCAUUGGAGUCUAUGUUUUAAAUACUAGUUUCUCUCUUUACAAUACAUUAGAUGUUAAGCACUGUGUAAUGUUGUAAUAUUGCAGCCUCAGACCAGUAAUAUCAAAAGUGAUGGGUGAAGAUAGCGUUACAUAGUACAGAAACUGUUCACAUUCUAACAAAGAGGACAGGAUCACUGUUUUCUGAAAGUGAUUUUGGACAGGAAUGAAACAAAAGACACUUUGUGAGUGAUGCCACGGUGUUGUGACUUCUGGUUUCUCAGGUUAGUUGACUGAUAGAGGAUGAUGAUUCAAAAUGAGACGAGUAAAUUUAGCCUUAGAAUUCUGUUAUUCUUGAGGUAAACAGAUUUAUAAUUAUGCCAUUAGUUAUAAUUUUCAAAAACAUUGCCUGUAUGAAGAAGGUGAAAUGGGUGAUUCUCUGCUGUCUUAUCCCACGUUGUGAUCAUCAAAGAUCAAAAAUAAAAAGCAAGUGAUGUGAA